GAUGCAAUUUGUCAAACGUCAUUCAUCCAAUCUGAAAAUUUGUUUCCAAUUGCGAAUGUUGUUACGUUCAUGAAUUGAUUUUUCUAGUGAUUAAAUCUGAUAACAUGUCAGGGAAUACCAGAAUUUCUUAAAAAUGGGUGCUAAAGAUUCUAAAAGAUUAUGUUUGAGCUACGAAGAUGCAGCUAAACGAAUGUCAGAUGUUGAAUUCAAAAGGAUAUGUGAAGCAUUCAAGAGAUUAACUGGAGGAAGUCAGUAUUUAAGUAAAUCAGCCUUUACCCAGAAUGUUCUUGGGGAUGGGGUACCAAGUACCAUUGGAGAAUGGUUAUAUACAGCUUGUGGAGGGGGACCUAGGGGUAUUGCUUUGAAAGACUUAAUAUGUGGGCUGGUUCUUCUAACUAAAGGCACACAAGAUGAAAAAAUUAAGUUUCUCUGGUCUUUAUACUGCAAUGAUUCAGGAACCCACAUCCUCCGUAGUGAGUUCCAAGCUGCUCUUCAAACCGAAGGGACUCUACCUUGUGAGCCUUCCAAUAAGCCAAAUCUGGCUCUCGAUAGAACAAUUGUAUCUUUAUUUGGUUUUGGACAGGAUAGAGUUGGCUUCGAUCAUUUUCGGGCCUGGAUUCAGUAUAAUAAAGAAGCAACAAUACUUUCAAGAUGGUUAUUGUCAAAUCCGUGUGUAUCAUUGAGUUCAGAGGUUGAAACCCCCACUUUCUAUCAAACAUUGGCUGGGGUGACACAUUUGGAGGAGCAAGAUAUUUGUGAAUUGGAAAAGUGCUUCUGGGCAUUGCAGAGUUCGUCACCUACAGGACAUCUAGAUAUCAAUUGCAUUAGGUCUCUGGUGUGUCCGCCAGUACCUCAUACAGCUUGUGAAGGGUUAUUCUUAGCUUUGGAUGUCAACAGAGAUGGACAUAUCGAUUUUAAAGAGCUCUGUUGUGGUAUAUCAGCUGCUUGUAGAGGACCUCUUGCAGAACGCAUGAAGUUUUGUUUCAAAAUAUUUGACAUGGACCGAGACUGCUAUCUUGAUUCAGAGGAACUGAAGCACAUGAUACAAACCUUGAUUUAUAUCGCUUGUGAAAGUAACCUACACUCGAAAUCCUCAACAUCCUCCCUGGACAAAAUUACCUCUGACACUUCUCUCAUUGGCGAGAUAGAUGGUUCAAAUAGAAACAAUGUACACGAGAGGACGCUGAAUUCUCUCAGCAAAAGACUAGAUCAAUUCGGAGGACUGAGUCAGGAAGAAUUCUUGGUCUGGAGUGUGGAGGACAACACGUUGGUUGCUCCUCUGUUGGAGCUAUUAUUUCAAGUGUGUCAUGUAUCGUUGGGAUUGAAACCUAACUGCCGGCAUCAUGAGAACGAAAUAGUUAUGGGAUGGUUAAAACGUGAGGAAAGGCGAGGAUUCCACGUGGGUCAAUUCUGGUACCUAAUAUCUUCAGAAUGGUGGCUGAACUGGCAAAAUUAUACAAACAACCCUAAAACAAACAUCGAUCACUGUAGCUGUCGAUUGGAUACGUCGCGGAUACCGAUCGAAGAGGGCAUCGUUUGCGAUGAGAGCCUGAUCAGUAAUUGUACUGACUACACCUCGACAUCGAACGAAUUCAACUCUAACAGUAUGGAAUCGAUGGGUGAUUUGUUGAGUAGGGGUGAUAGCUGUAGUUUAGCGUCAGUUUCCAGUUCUGGAGUGUCCAGCAGUUCUGGAACUGGAUCAAAGAGGAGCCAGAGCACUCCGGGACCAAUUGAUAAUUCUAAUUUGGUAGUGGAACCUUCAGUGAAGGUUACAACACUCACAGGAGAAGGUGGAAGACUGAAAAGAGAUGUUACGUUAGUGCAACAUAGAGACUUUGAACUAGUGCCAGAUUCCUUAUGGAAAGCACUGGCUUUAUGGUAUGGGGGUCCACUUCCUCUACCGAGGCAGGUUAUAAGACCAUCUGGCAGACACGAGGUAGAAAUCGAGCUUUAUCCCCCGAAUCUUCAGAUACUAAGACACCACACACAAUUAAUCAACAGUCAGUCAAAUUGGACUACCGUUGUGGGCGGCUAUGGGGCGGCAGCUUUGAGUACGGCGGGCUUAACCACAGGACCUGUGACUUCGCCACGCAGGUAUCUAGCGCACACGGCAGCCUUCAGUAGGCUGGCAAACAUUCGUCAAGUUAUGGAAUUCCUAUGUUCUCGUCUGGCCCUCAAGAUAGAGGAUGUGCGGUUGUGGCACAUCAAAGACGCCCAGACAAUCUUGUUGGAAGACGAGAAUGCCAUGUUGCAAGAUCUGGGAAUUGUCGACUGCGAUCAGAUACUUUUGGAGGUUAGGAAUAAAGAUUUAACUUGGCCGGAGGAACUGGGAGCUUUAGCGGCUGGUAAUUCGGAAAAGACAAUGCUCAGUUCGGAGAGACGACCAACGAUUUCUUUACCACCAGGUGCCACCGGACUCCACAACUUGGGCAACACUUGUUUCAUGAAUUCCGCGUUACAGGCCGUGUCCAACACAAGACCUCUGACCCUCUAUUUUCAGAGGGAUGCCCAACUUUGCGAACUGAACAGCACCAACCCCUUAGGAACCAAAGGCAUGGUGGCUAGAAGAUAUGCCGAGCUUUGUAGGGAACUGUGGGCGGGCUCUACUAGGAGUGUGGCACCGUUGAAGCUUCGUUAUUGCGUUACCAAGCAUGCGCCGCAUUUGGGUGGGGGAGGGCAGCACGACUCUCAGGAGCUUUUAGCGUGGCUUCUGGAUUCUUUACACGAAGAUCUGAACAGGGUUCCAAAAAAAUUGUACAGUGAGUUGAAAGAUUCAGGUGGAAGACCUGAUGAAAUUGUAGCCGAUGAAGCCUGGCAGCAACACUUGGCAAGAGACCACUCUAUAAUAACUGAUUUGUUUUAUGGACAACUGAAGAGUAAAGUUACUUGUCAAACCUGUGGACAUGAAUCAGUCCGAUUCGAUCCUUUCAAUUUGUUGAGUUUACCGUUACCAAUGGAGAGUUAUACUUUGUGUGAAGUACUUGUGAUACGUCUUAGCGGGGAAACCCCUAUUAAAUAUGGACUCAGGUUGAAUUCCGAGGCCAAAUAUCUGGAGCUCAAGGAACAAUUGAAAGACCUCUGUGAUAUUGAACCAGAAAGGUUACUGCUUGCUGAAGUAGCUUAUUCCCAGAUCAAACAAAUAUUGGGAGAUGAAACAAAAAUAAGUACUUUAACUGCUACUGAACUGUAUGCUUAUGAGCUGCCUGACUGCAAAGAAGAAUCUGAACAGGAUAGCAUAGAUGGCAACUCAGAGGCAGAAUUGCCAGUUUCUGAGCUACCGCUGUCCCAUAGUCCAGAGGUAAGAGGUGGUUCGGCCCUUUGCAUGCCCAACAUUCUUUGCUUUAAGACAAAAUCUAAGAAUGAACUGAGGAAAUUGCCCAAUGGUCUCAAUUUCAAAAGUUCCUCUAUUUCAAUCCAUUCCAUUUCUUCAGCAACAACAGUUUCUGAGGGAUCAUCUUCAUCCUCUAAAUACCCCAAAUUUCUUAUCGCUGUACAUAGAAAAUGUGUGAGACAGGAAGCUUAUUUUCUAUCUCAACAAAAGAGUAAGCCAAGUUUAUUUGGUGUACCCUUACUGCUAGGAUGUGGGCCGAGGAGUACAUGCAAGAGCAUGUAUGAGACAGUUUGGGAACAGGUGACUAGGUUAUUAAGUCCUCUGCCCCAGUCGGAUCAAACGAAUCAUGCAAUGGAUUGUGAUGAUUCUUUGAAAUACGAAUUUCCUUUCACACUGAAAGCAGUUUUGCAAGGUGGCCAAAUAUGUGCUUUAUGUCAUUGGACACAAUUUUGCAGAGGUUGCACUCUGCCUUGUACAGAAGAAUUUUUGUUUGAUUAUUGCAAAGGAGGACAAAAUGUAAUGAGGAUUGCUAUAGAUUGGGACCCAACUGCUCUUCAUUUGAGAUAUCAGAGUAAUCGGGAAAAGGUGUGGCUUGAAGAUGAGAGUGUGCAAGUAUGUAGAAAACUUCAUACGGAACCAAUUGACCUGGAUUACUGCUUAAAGGCAUUUACUUCAGAGGAGAGGUUGGAGGCUAAAUAUCAUUGUUCAAACUGCCAGGAUAAACAACCCGCAACUAAAAAAUUACAAAUUUGGAGACUGCCACCUAUUUUGAUAAUUCAUCUCAAAAGGUUCGAUUAUGUGAAUAGCAAAUGGGUGAAAACUCAAAAGGUGGUGAACUUUUCCUUUAAGAACUUCGAUCCCACUGCCUACCUAGCCUCCAUACCGCAAGAGACAAUACUCAGACACAGGCAACUAUUGGAGCAGCGCAAAAACAAGGAACUAGAGGACUGUUUGAACGCUGAAAACCAUAACAACGAGAAAAUAGUAGAGGAGACUCCGGAGGAGACGAAAGACGAACAUUCCAAACUCCUGAACGAUGACGACCCGACAUCUAAAUCCAAUACCUUUCCGAGAGAUGGCGAUAAAACAGGCGCAGGCGCGCACAAGAUGAGGUCGCAUGCCAACACUACAAGCAAGGUUAGGGCGAGAUUGGAAUCUACGAGUCUGUUGAAAACGCCGAUUAUUGAUGAGCAUCUCAAAGAUUAUCAUCAGCACAAGAUGUUACCGGGGCAGGAUCCCUUCGAUCUCAAAUAUCAACUGUAUGCAGUCGUGAGUCAUUCCGGUAAUCUCACGAGUGGACACUACAUCUCCUACGCAUGCAACCCGAACGGAAACUGGUACUGUUACAAUGACAGCUCUUGUAGGGAAGUUUUGGCGGACGUAGAAAAUUCCGGUAAGCUGAAGACCCUACAGCAAGAUCGGACUGGCUGCACCCCCUUAUCUCGAAGAAGAAAUCUACAUCUGGCAGAGAAAGAUCUGGAUUCGAUAUCAGUGAAAUCGGACAAUCACAUAACGUUCGCAGAUACGGACAGCUUAGAUGAGGGAACCUCGAGAAUUCGAGAGAACCUUGUUGGAACCCAUGUCGCCAACCCCAUAUCGGCAAAGAACACGCCUUCAGGUUCCGAGGUGGACUUGACGAGAACUGAUAGUGUUUCUUUGAGCUUGAGUAGAGAAAGGGCGGGAUCGAGAUCUUCGUUGCACGGUUCUAAAUCCUCAAUAAACACGUAUAAAUGUGCCUAUAGCGAUGCUAAAAUUCCCAAGAUUGACACCAGUUCCGCUUAUAUUCUCUUUUACGAAAGAUCGGGUCUCGAUUAUAAGCCCUACUUGCCCGAAGUAGUCGGCAAUGGACAGCCCCAUUUUCCUCAGGAGGUGGAGCUUGAUGAGAACGAAUCCGAGCUGCGCAAACAGCUGUGCGCUAUUCAGUAGAAGUAUGGUUUUUUGAGGUAGGUAGGCUUAUGAUUAUCGCGAUGUUAUUCGGGAAAAAAUCGCUUUUAUUCGUGAAAAACGGUUGGUUUUUGUUAAAAAUAGACACCAGGAGAUAUCGGUAAAAUUUUAUUAUGCACAUGUUCAUAUUAUAUUCUCACCAAUGUGCUCCAGUAGGUGAAUAAUCUUUUGACUUCUUGAUAUAAAUUUUGUGUAAUUUCUCCCAAUAUUAUAUUGCCAGUAGAAAUCGUGAAUUUUUUCUGAUUUCAAGCUAACUUUGUCGAAUUAAAUUCAAAUUAACUUUUUUUUGGCAACUAGUGUGUUCACCUGUUUUUCACUUAUCAUUAAUGUUAGCAACAGCUUUAGAGUUCUAUCUGCUGGUGUCUGAUGCACUUACUAUUAUCUUGCAUAUUUGCCAGAUUCUUUUCAAAAAUGUAUGUUAAGUUUACUGAUCCUUUAAAUCCAUUUUUAUUCUCGUUACGGAUUUGUGUUAUCGGAAGUAUUGAAAAUCUCUAUGACAGUUUAUUUAUUAUCAAAAUGUUAUUGUUGUAUCUAGGGAAUUUUAGUUUAAUCGAUUUGGUUUGAUGUUGACUUCUUUGUUUUAUCAAAAUGAUUGGUUGGUUAUUGAUGAGGAUUAUGUCUGACCUUUUCUAUUUCGUCAAUUUUUGUCAUUCGGCAUAAGUUUGAUAUUGCCUCAUCUGUUAUUCGAAUGGAAGUUGAUAUUCAUGUCAAUUGCUUGGUUUCAACCUUGUAUCGGUUGAAAUGGAAGUUUUUGAAAUACGAGAUGAAAUCUUCUGUGAAAAAGGAUUAGGUUUCUUCAAAUGAACUAUAGCUUUACCAGAAAAUGGAAAGACAAAUUAUGGAUUUAUAUUAAAAAUUGUUAUUUGAAUCACAGAUGAGUGAAGAUCAAACUAGUGUUGCCAGAUCUUGAAAUAUUAUCCUGCUAUACCGAACAAAUUUGCUCAGUUUCACCAUAAUUUUAACCAUUUUUUCUAUUGUUAUGAGAUUACAUAUUAUGGUUUCUAUUUUUAGUUUUAGUUAGUCCUAGUUAAAGAUUCCAGCUGUGUUAGAUUGUUAUUAUUUUAAAUCCUUUAUUUAAAUUCGUCGGAAACCUUAUGUUCAUAUUCUCAUAUUUAAGGUUUAUCGUGAGAUGAUUCAGUGGCAAAAGUAUUACUAUCAAUAACUUUUAAUAAAAAUAUAGUAAAAAUACAAUAAAUUUUGAAACUUUUAUAUUAAUAUAAAGUGAAAUAAUAACUAUUAUUAUAUAUGAUGCAAUGUUUGUGAUCAAGCCUCUAUAUUGUGUAUAUUGUUAUUAAAUGGUGGCAUUGUGAAAAUCUGGUUUCUUCGUUUUUAAGUUACACCAAAGAAUGUAAAGUUUGAUUUGAAUCUUGACGAUCUUAUUCUAAGAGUUUGCGGAAGUUGCAGUCAAACUUUCAGUUUCAGGUAAUGAAAAAUAUCUUAAUAGUUCGUCUGCGAUUUCCCUGAAAGAUAAUAAGUUUUUCAAUGUAUUGAUAUUACAUAUUGUUGAAAAUUUUGUAUUAUAAAUGUUAAGGUUAAUGAAAUUAUUUGCCUAGUCUAUGAUUUUAUCUAUUUAGAUCUUUGUUUCACAAGUAUGUGGGGGAUCUUGAAGUAUCAUGGUGCUUUUUAAGAAAUUUUAGUAUGAAUUUAUCAUUUUUGAAGGCUUCAAACUAGUAUGUCGAUUCUAAUUGAACAGAAUCUAAAGUUUUCAAAAGUGAUUACAUAAUAUUUUCAUAUUUUGUAUUUGUAAUUAUGGUGCCAUUUCAUAAAUAAAGCUUGUACCUAUAUUGUUA